AUGAAUGCUGCGGCUACUGUGCCAAUGAUACAACCUAUCACACAAAAUAAUGGUAUACAAAUGAAUCAAAUGAAUGAAUUUAAAUUUUUUCAUUAUGCACCAAAUGAUGGUAAAUUUUAUCAUAUAACUUGUCAAAUUAUUUUACAAGGCUCUGUUUUCUUGGAUGAUCGCAAUUAUGAUCAUGGAUUCUUUUAUAAUAUUAAUCCUACAGGAAAUUAUUAUGUCACAUGUAAAAUACUUCCAUAUUCUUUGAUAGUAAAUAUAUUGAACAAAAAUAUAUAUGGAAUAGAUAUUGGCAUAAAUGAUUUGGAACGAAAAGAAUUAUUAUCCUUGAAUCAAAAAUUGAAUUUGGAACAAGACUUGAAACAAAUUCUUCAUUUUCAUCUUGUACAAAAUCAUAUUCUUGAUAGUGAGAUUACCGAUCGUAACUUAAAUUCUUCUUACGGACAUAAUACACAGACAAUUUCGAUAACUGAUAGUCAAGAUAAUUUUGAUAAUAACUUUUCUCAACAAACUGGAGUCGAAUAUUAUAAUAAUAAUGUCACUAAUCCACGACAACAAGUUGAUUUCAAUAAUAUACCACAACAUAUUCCCAAAGAACUAGUUUAUAAUGGAAAUAUAAAUUCAUUUAAUGGAAAUAUUGGAAAUAAUGUAAUGAUAACACAAGCGACUACCGAUAGUCAAAACAAUGAUUUUCCCUUUUCAACAUCCGUGACGCCACAAAAUAUAAUUUCUUAUCACGUAACCAAUUCACAACAAAUAAUUGAUUUCGAUAAUAUUCCACGGCAAAUUACUGAUAGAGAUACAAAUUUAUUUCACGGAAAUAUCAUGAAUAAUACACUCUCUACACAACCUGUUUCGACAAUAGAUAUUGAUCAAAACUACGAUAAUGGUCACCAGAAUGUAAAUGGAACUAGAGUUUUUGCUUACACACAACAACAAGUUGAUUAUAGAGACACAGAUAAUGGAAACAUUGGGAAUAAUGUAACGACAAUACAAUCUAAUGGCUUGACAUGCGAUCACCAAGAUUUAAAUGAUAUUCACCAGGCUACUCAACCACAUGUUAAUCUCAAUGAUAAUUAUAGGGACACUGAUUCGCAUAACGGAAAUAUUGAGAAUAAUGUAAUGACAAUAUGCGGUCACCAAGAUAUAAAUGAUUUUCGAUUACAGCAACAAGUUGAUUCCAAUCAUAUUCAACAUCAACAAUGA